AUGUUUAACAUUGGAACACGCCUUCCUGAGAAAUCUCUGUCCCACAUUCAGUUCACUGAAUGGGAUGAAAUUAAGAAUGUCCCUCUUUCUGUUAAAAACUUUCUCACGUUCCUGAAUGACGUGGAGGAAACAGAAAACAAACAGAAAGAUGGAACGAUACUUCUUCAUUGUUUUGAUGGAGCAGGCCGAACGGGUCUAUUCUGUGUGGUGUCAAUGCUGCUGAGGAAGAUGGCCAUAGAACACGAAGUUAGUGUUCUCAAUGCUGUUAGAAAAGUCAAGACCAUGCGACGACUGGCGAUUCCGAAUUUGGAUCAAUUCAUAUUCUGUCACGAGAGCGUCAUGGAAUACUUGCUAGCAUUUGACAAGGAUGUAUAUUCUAACUUCGCUGGUUCAAAUGAAUAGAGACGAUACAUAAGGAACAUGGAUAACAAAACCAUACAUAUUUGGAACUCUAGUUUCAAACAAAAAAACAGUGUCGCAAUUUUUAUUAAUAGUAUUUUUGCUUUGUUUUGUGUUCUUACUAUAAACUCUACACAGAUUUUAACUAUAACACAAUAUUUGUAUAUAAAAUACUGAUAUACCAAACAGCGCCUUUUAUUUGUUAUUAUAUUGCGAGUAAUUGAUUAAUUAUGUUGCUGUUUGUUAUUUUCUAUUAUUUUGUAAUCGAUAUAUAAUUUUAUAUUAAGCAUAUGGAAAGCUUUCAAUAAAACUCUCGCACCACUUGAAUUAUAAUUCAUGUAUUAUCAAUUCAUUCACGUGAUAACUUGUCUUUUUUAUCUCUUUGCUUUGCAUAUGAUGUAUGUCCACGUUUAUUUGCUUAAGCAGUAUCCACUGUUCCAUACGCUGUGAAAUGUUUGAGUAACAAAAUACAAACGUAGCCUCAACAAAACAAAAUUAAGGGUAACUAAUUGUGCUGUUGUAAUAUUGAGUCAGGAAAGGAUGACUUCUGAAGAAAGAUUGAGAAGAUUGCUACAGAGAACACUAUUGGGUCAUUAAUUUGCCUUAGGUUAUAUGUAAAAGUAUAAUUGAAAUUUGAAUGUAAAUAAAAAUGUUCUUUCAAUUACUAACCCUUGAUUAAUUGUGUUGAGAAUAUUUGACCUAAGGACCACUAAGUCACAACAGAUAUAAGGCAUACCGUCUAUAAAGGCAACCGAAAAGGAAGCAUGAAACGACGAUCCCACUACUAGCAACCGUCGAAAAGUUUGGACAAUUGGUUUUGUACCAGAUUGACAAAUGACAUAUGAAAACUGUCUGAUCAACAAAACGAUUUAAAUAUGAGAUUCGGCCGUUCGUCCGAGUGUAGCCCGCUGUUGUUUCAAAGUUGAAUGUAAAAUAGAAUUUCCUAGGCUAUCUUACUACGUCCUUCGUGUCUUCAGUGUUGUGAAAUACGGCAGGAGAGAACAAAUGGUUUCAUAUACACUAAUGGCUUUCUAA